UGGUUUCGCUUUCUAUUCGUCAUAAAUAGUGGACUGUUAUACUGUGUAAUGUACACCAUGUCUUCCGGGACGGUCUGUUAGAAAUGGCGGGAGUCGUGGGAUAUACGUUUUACGCAGCGAAAUUUUAAACUGUACUGCAGAUCUUUCACGUAUAGGUGCGCGAAACUGGGCGGAUGGUAAACACGACAGGCUAUGGACCCGCUGGAUUUUUUAACUCAGGAAGAGCUGUUGCGGUUUUUCCACUGUAAGAAGACGGAGAUGUCGUGCAUUGAGCAACCUCAUACUUUUCUCAACCAGCUAAGAGACCACAAUCUCGUUCCAGAGGACCUGUAUAAGAAAGUGAUGAGGACAAGGAGUAAGCUGCAGAGAGAGAAGAGUUUUUACCGGGUACUGGACUGGCUGGAGACUGAGAGGCCCCAUUGCAUCAAGCUCUUCUGGAACUGUGUGUUCAAAGACCACAUACUGCUGCUGUACCCUGUCAUCCGUCAGCUGAAGAGCAACUUGCUGGAUGGAUCUUUCCGCUUUGCUGAAGACUUGCCUGAGAAGGAAGCAACAUCAGAGGAAUGCAGGGAGGAGGAGAAAAAGAAGACUGAAGUAAAGAAGUCUGAAGAAAAGAGGGGGAAGAAGAGGAGCGAGAGUACGGAGGAAGAGGAGGAAGAGGAGGAAGAGGCAGGUCCCUCUACCCAGUCCACACCUAGCAAGAGGAAAAAGCUGCAGAAACUAUCUUACAGUUCUCCGAUCAGUAAGGGUGUGAAGGAGGACAUCUGGACAUGGCCGUUGUACAAGAAAGUGCUCCCUGUCACCUGUGGCAACAAGGAAGGCAGCCUUUACCGAGACAAACUGGCCAAAGGAGAAGAGUGUAUCCUGGCAGAGGGGCGCUGGUUUACCCCAUCGGCCUUUGAGGAAUUUGGGGGAAAGAAGAGCAGCAAAAACUGGAAGAUGAGCAUUCGCUGCCAGGACACCCCCCUGCAGAAACUGAUCGAGGAGGAUCAUUUGAAAUGCCCGCGUUUCCUCUCACGACGGAGUUUGUCCAGUCAGAGCAAACAGGGCAGCCACUCAGGAUCUUCUUCAGACAGUGAGAGGCCUGAACUGAGCCGUGGGAAGAGAAGGACAACUUCAUCACAUCCCAGGCAGUCUGAGCACAACAUCUUUGAAUCAGACACUGAUUUUGAAGAAGAAGAAGAGGAGGAGGAGGAGGAGGAGGAGGAGGAGAAUGACCAAGAGGCAGUUGGUAAUGGAGAUGAGGAGUGCCAAGGUGAAGUGGAUAAGCCAGAAUUUCUGUCUGUCACCUGUGGAUCAGCUACUGGAACUUUACAGAAAGAUCGCUUUGCAUCAGGGACCUCUGGGAAGUGCAUACGGACGGCCAGCAAAUGGCUGACCCCCGUCGAGUUUGCCCGGGAGGACCCGGUGUUGGCCAACAGCUCCUGGAAGAAAAGCAUCCUGUGCCAAGGAAUCCCCAUCAGUGACCUCAUCGAGAGGCGAGUUUUGAUACCCCACUCGCUCCUGUGUGGGUGCAGACUCUGCAGCAAGAAGAAGAAGUACCUGAUGGAGCAGGAGAACGAUGAUUACUGCGCUGUCUGCGUUCGGCGGGGAAGCUUGCUGUGCUGUGACCGGUGCCCCCGGGCCUUCCACACAGGAUGCCACCUGCCCACUGUGGACAAGGGCACGCUGGGGGAGCAGUGGCUGUGUACAUACUGUGUGCUGACAGAGAGCCAGGGCUGGAGAUACACGCGUGACUGGUCUCUCACACAGGCUCUGGAAAGCUGCAUCUCAGAAUUCAUUCUGGAAUGCCAGUAUCUCCUGCUUCAGCUCUACAAUGCUGACAAGGAUCAUAUCUUCUUCUCUGACCCAUGUGACACAGUGCCUCGCUACAAGGAAUUCAUUAAGAACCCUAUGUGGCUGGACAAGGUUGCAGAGAAGCUGCAGGACAGGCAGUACUCCUCUGUAGGCCAGUUUGUCUCUGACAUCCAUCUCAUCUUUAAAAACUGCGCCACAUUCAACAGGGACAAUGAAUUUGGACAAACGGGUGCAAGACUCAGGCAAUUAUUUGAUGAGGAAUUUCAACAUGUCUUCAGUGUGAAGAACUGACUUAAAUGUUUGCAUUGUGAGCUGUCCUCUCAAUGUCUAAGCAAGUGUGUAUAACAGCCGAAAACUGUCCUGUUUUUUCGGUGUUAUAUGUCCCAUAACUUUGAGUACACAUAACAGGGUGUCAGACGCAUACAUGUAGAUUUCAUAUGAAAUAUUAAUCAUUCAUAAGUAGUACAACUUCAGGCCUCAUAAACCCACUUUUAGCAAGUCAUAGCCUGGAGUUUUUUUGUUUUGUUUGUUUUUAAAACGUAUUUUUAUAUUUGGGAGUUAUGUAUUAUGUGAUCACAAAAUACCUUCAAAAAAAUGUGUAUUUCAUUUUUUAAAAUAAAAAUAUACAUUAAAAAUUA